AUGAAGACAUCAUUGAUUAAGUUCUCUCCUUUGAAUGUUGAUUUCGGUAAAUCAUUCUUCAUCGUCCAGUGUUCCUGUUUUAGGGGCGAUGUCGUCCUUGACUGUGACAUUAAAGUGCAAUCCGGUGCGAAUGCUUCUAAGGGAGCCUUCAUCGCCGCUCGUCUGGAUCAAGGAGGAUGCUGGUUGACAGAGACAAAGGGUGUCUUCUUCUUCAUUUUCCCACAGAGCAACAUAUUCAUGGUCACUACUGGAUUUGACCUGAAAACUGUCCUAGCAGCCGGAAAGAUGCUUGUGGAUCUGGACUGGAACACACUGUCACUUACUGUCGUGGAUACUCAGGCGACAGGUUUCAUCAAUGGCAACAUGGUGUUCAAUAUCACUGUUCCAUCUGAUAUCAAAUACGGCAUGGUGGCAGUAGGAUCGGGAUCGUAUGGUUAUGCAGACUUUGACAACUUGAAGCUAAAGAUACCUUAUCUGUAGUUCACAUGAAUAAAUAAAUGUAUACCAUCUGAAUAACAAGACACCAUAUACUGACACACUUUCAGACAGUUUCCUGUUACAUUGAAUGGACAUUAUGCCUGUGAACAUAUUUUGUUAACAAAUAGAAUGUAAAGAAAUGAAUAAAAAUGAUUUCUAUUCCUUCUUUAUGAAACGGAAUGGAUUUCUGGUGCAAUGAUAACAUCU